UACAAUCCGUGUCUGUACAUCGAGUCUGCUACGGAACACAAUUUCAAGCGCAUCCUCUGUACGUAACUUCGUCGUCUUCAAAUACAUCCGCUGACAACAUGCAGAAGAACAUGCAGAAGAACAUGUUCAACCAAACCCUCGAGGACAUCUUAGAGAAGAACCUUCCAGAGAAAGAAUUGUCCGAAGUUAAGCGCCUUCUAUACGGCCGUGAAUUACAGUGCUUGGACCUUCCACAAUGGACCGGAAAGACGGAAUUGGACGUGAAAGGGUACGUGAUGAGCGGUGGAGUGACAGAACAAUUGCGCCCUCCGAGUAUUGUCCGAGUUGGAAUAAUUCAACACGCGAUUGUUUCACCAACCACUGACCCUCUACAGAAACAAAGGAACAUGCUUCACCAGAAAAUCCAAAAAUACGUCGACUAUGCUGCUGCCUGCGGAGUUAAUGUACUUUGCCUCCAGGAAGCCUGGGCUAUGCCAUUCAUUUUCUGCACAAGAGAAAAAUACCCCUGGUGCGAGUUUGCCGAGGAAGUUGGAACCGGUCCAACAACGGUAUUAAUGUCAGAGCUUGCCCAACGUCAUGGCAUGGUCAUUAUUUCUCCGAUUUUGGAGAGAGACGUCGAGAAUGGUGAAACCAUGUGGAACACGUCAGUGGUGAUCGGCCCGGACGGAAAAGUAAUUGGAAAGCAGAGGAAAAACCACAUUCCACGCGUAGGCGACUUCAACGAAUCCACUUAUUAUAUGGAGGGCAACACUGGACACCAAGUCUUCGACACUUGCUUCGGUCGCAUCGGUAUCAACAUCUGUUACGGACGCCACCAUCCACAAAACUGGAUGAUGUACGGUCUGAAUGGUGCCGAGAUUGUAUUCAAUCCAUCGGCAACCACCAGCCACACAUCCGAGCCGCUGUGGUCCAUUGAAGCCAGAAAUGCCGCCAUUGCCAAUAGUUACUACACUUGCGCUAUCAACCGUGUAGGAACAGAAAUAUUCCCCAAUGAAUUCACAUCUGGAGAUGGUGCACCAGCACACCACGACUUUGGACACUUCUAUGGAUCCAGCUAUAUCACUGCUCCCGAUGGCACCAGGACACCUGGUUUGAGCCGCAGCAAAGACGGUCUCCUUGUCUGCGAAAUGGAUUUGAAUCUCUGUCGUCAGAUGAAAGAUAUGUGGUGUCUCAGAAUGACUCAAAGACUGGACAUGUACGCCAAAGAACUUUCCGAUUAUGUGGAGAAGAACAUGAACUUAAACGACACCACCAAAUAAGUUCAUCCAUAUUAUGGAAAGCCUUACUAAAGGCUGUUCAAACGAGCUCUGUUUUUGAUGCUCUAAGCAACAAAAAAAUAUGUAAAAAAUAUAUACAUAUAUUUUUUAUAAUACAGU